UUUAAUGUUAUUAAACUUACGAUAUCAAAUGAAUUACCAUAGAUAUGACUAAUAUUUUCCAACUGUUCUUCAUAUGUUUUAAUCACCCCUAUUAUAUUAUGGAACCGUCCAGCUUUAAAGGCUUAUUUGCAUAGAAAGCGCAUAUCAUUAGCGGAAAGGUCGAAUAUCGCUUUGAUCAUCUGAAGAUGUAACAGCUGAUCUACUUUUGACGUUCAGACAACGAAGCUUCACUGAGAAUCUGACUUCGAAGAAUGAUACUGAGACACCAAUAAUCAUGGAAAAUCUACUGAUGUUUUGCAGUGUAAUUUUCCUCGUCUUGUCGGUGAAUAUAUUGCGAUCAGAAGCUAGAAUUUUCUACCAAAAUGUCACUCUCGUUUACGGCUCCGAGGAAGCCAGUGUGGAGGCACUUCGUCUUCGAACCGACGGUUUUGGCUUCGCAAACACUGGAACACUGGAGUUUCAUGCAACUUGCCCAUUGCAAGAGGUCAUCGGUCCAAGGCCUGAUCUUUGGCUUCUUACAUGUACAACACAAGAACUAAGAGAUGUGCUGGAACCCAGAACAAGUCGUCUCAACUCCGUCUGCGAGUCCCUCCAGUACAAUGGACUCUACUCUCAGAAGCCCGCCAGGUUCUGUAAGAGCCUCCAUGUCCUGUGCUCAGACCGCAACCAAGGCGCAGCCUCCGGGAACCCCUGUCACUCCUGGCUGCUGAACUCGCUCUUCCCAGAGCCAGAGUACUACAAGUUCAUGCUACUCCAGUGUCCGUGGCAAGGGGCAUUCAACGGGACUCACGCCCAACAGCAGCAGGAACCAUGCUGGGCCAACCUGACCCUGAUGAAUAACAAUGGACAUAGCCAUCUAAGCCAGGGUGAAGAGCCACUUCUGCUUAUUCAUAAAAUCCUCAUUGUUGUCUGGGGAUCGUUACUCUUUAUAUGGAUCAUUAACUGGAUCAAGUAUUACUGGUACUCCAAUAAACUGCACAAGUUGUUGUUUGUGGCACCAGCUCUCAAGUUUGUCAUCAUUGUAAUCCUGAUCAUUAGAUGGGAAUUCAUCAAUGCUACCGGUCUGGAGUGCCGAUGGCUAGAGAUCACCUCCUAUGUGUUGAGGAGUGCAGAACAGGCAAUGCUUUUCAUGGCCAUGAUGCUGGCUUCAGAAGGCUGGUGUGUGGUACGGCCCAAGAUCAGGAACAUCCGUCAUGCCCUUCUACCAGUAUUAUUUCUUGCCUUCCUGGGUUCAGUGAUCUGCGUGGUCUGGGUUCAUAGCUAUUUUAUGGCAUUUGCAGUUUGCAGCAUUGUCUUCGUGAUCUACCGUGCUCUCAAAUGGUGCUCCUACAACAUUGAGCUGAUCAACAGGCAGAUCAUUAUCACACAAGCCAUCAUGACACAGAAAGAGAUCACCUUCCGAGAUGGCAUGGGCUUCAAAGAGCAACUCCUCAAGAAGCGGGACAUCUACCUGAGGCUGCGGCUGGUCUGCGCCGUCUACACCAUGGUCUUUGCCAUCGUCACCACCAUGGCCACGUUCCUCACCGAGUUCGCCUGGGUCAAGGAGGUCACGUUCGAGGUCCCGGAGAUCCUCGUCUUCACGGCGCUCGGGCUGAUCUUCCGGUUGCGAGACUUCAGCGUCUACGAGAACAUUGAGAUCAUCGUGCCGCGGGAGAGGUCGGCGGUGAUGUUCUUGCCAUACCCUGACAUGCACUGGCCUAAGAGGCAGAAGAUCAUGAUGGCCUUCCCCCUGCAGCCGGUGGAGGAAGUGGUCUGUGAGGAGGAGAAGGCCUUGCUCAAGGACACCUGAGAUUACGAUCAAAGACACCGAUGGGUUUAGUGUGUGAAUUCAAAUCGUAAUGGCAAUGUACUAGACGUCGAUGUGCUUGAUGGUGCCGCACGGUUAUGCAUAAAGCAGUCACAACCACCUCCACCACCAUUGAUCUUGACAGUUCUCCUGCGCACGUUCGUCUUGUUUGAUCCGACGCUGGGAAAAGAUGCCUGGGAGGUGAAAACGGCAAGUUUAUCAUUCGGAUCGACAGCUAUGUGAUGUCAUGUGGCAUUGCACGUAGGAAGAAAGACAUCAAUGCAUCUUAAAAUAAUGAGAACAUUUACAAUGGUUAUUACCAUGCCGGUAUGGGGUAGUAUCCAAUAACCUAUCACCAUCUCCCUAGUUGUACAUAACUCAUUAACACUGUAACUUGUUGUCAGAAGGUGUAAAACAAUGAAAAGUCACAAUGCAACUCUACAAAAAGGCCUUGAAUCAUCUUAUACUCAAUAGGUGUAGUGUGGCCUUUGAUGUUCAAAGAAGUUGGUGUCUUUUCAGAAACGAAGUCCCCCGUUCCUACUUUUUUAUGCCAUCUAUUCCUCCCUUUAAAUGUUGGCAUCAUAAGUGAUGUAACUCAAGAUGGCUAGUUUUGGUGCUAAAGUUAUUUUUGCAUACAAUUUUGCUCUCUCGUAAAAUUCUAGUUAUACUAGAGAGUAUGGUAUGAACUCAUGUUAGGAGUAUUGUGUACAAGCGGUCUGCUUGAGCUGCAUACGCAAAUGGUGAAAGUAAAUGUAUGUUCAUUCUUCUUCAAAGUAGUAGAAGCUUUCUUGACUUUAAACGUAGUCAUAACAAAAAUCACAUCACUAGUUUGAAGAAAAUACCACCUACGCACUUAGGUAGCAUUUUAUGCAAGAAAGUUUGUAUUUGGAAUUACCAUCAAGACAAUUUUAUCAGGAUUUACUUUACAAAACAAGGUUCAAUAGAAACAGCUGUUCUCCGACAUGCACCUUACAAAUAUUUUCUACUGUCACAACAGUGUCCAGAAUAUUGCAUAGAAUACUCCUGUAAGUUACUCUUUUAGGAUCAAGUAGAUCCACUAAGAGUUGAAUUUAUUGCAAUCAUAAAUGUGUGGAAAAAUCACAGUUUGUUUUGAGGAAACAAGGAUUUGAAAUGUUGAUCUUUUGAACUUUAGCACAAAGAGGGAGAUGGCCUUUGAUUGCUAUUUUGCAACUGAUUACUUUAAACAAUUGAUUGAUCAUAAAAUAGAUCAAAAUGUUACCAUGGUUGAUUGCUAUUAAAGCUUUGUGUUUUUUAACUGUUAUAGUAUGCAGAUUGCUUUGAUCAUUCAAAGCAGCUCACAUACUCUGUUCUAUUAUUUGAUUAAUAAGAAAACGGGAUGCAGAAAAGUGAAAGUAUGUUCAUACACAUUACAAAGUUAUCUCUUUUUGAGAAGAGAAAAAACAAUGAUGGAAAUGACUUUCCAUGUAUUCAGAUGCACUACUAGUUUAUCUAGACACAUAUAUUUUGUAUCAUCCAUUUAUGUAGCUUUCAGUAUACAUGUACAAUGGCUCUGCAUUUCUUGAUGUCUUUUUUUUCUUUCUUUACUUUUUUCUUCAUUAAGGGAAUGUGCAAAUAUAAGGUAGUUUAGAACAUUUUAGCCUAUAUUGUUUUCAUAUAAACCACAAUGUAGCAAAUGAACAGUCCAUUGUUGUUUAUUUUGCUGGAUAUCAAGUAAUUUCGUCAAAAUGGGAAUUGUAUAUACCUGUUACAAUGUGUGUUGUAGAUCAGAAGUGACAUGGAGUCAUCCAAAUCAUGAAUCAAAGGUGAUUAACCCAUUAGCAACUAGAGAUUUUGUGAAAAUGGCCUUUUACUCACUGGAAGAUGUUGCAAUAUUACUCUCAUUUUUACAUUGUUCUGAACAAUAUGAAACAUGCGCUAUUUUUCUAUGCAGAAUCCUACUGUAGACAUUGUAAGGAUUACGCACGUAUAACAUUAUCAGGGUAGACCCCAUAGAGGGAUACUACAGCGCGUUGAAAACGGAGGAAAACGGGCAGGCAGUUUUGGGCGUUUCAGUGAGUAAAAGGAGGGGCGGUUUCAGGUGGUUUAGUUGCUUAAGGGAUAAUAACAAAAUACCAUAUAUAUCAACCUAAACUGGGAUCAGUGAUUUUCUAUUUGUACUCCUUUUCCCAAGCAUUACAAAAUUCAGAGGUUCACACCCCCCCAAAAAAAAAAAAUAAAUAAAUAAAUAAAUAGUAAUAAUAAUAAUAAUAAUACCUAAAGAUUCUUCCCCUCCAACAAUUUGGAUAGUACAUGGUAUCUAUUUUUAAUCUCUGUUGUUGAUUAAUAAUAAUUAUAACAGGUACCAAAAUAUCAAAAAAUAUUUUUGAAUGAAAUUUUGUUGGAUGUCUUGUGGUGGUGGAGCGAAGGCUAGAGUUGUAAUAGUCUUUCGGAUUCAGUCUUACAUGAGCGACCUCAGUACAGGGUAUAAGUAGUCCUUCUUCUUGAUCAGUUAAGUUGAUACAGUCAAACCUGUCUAUAGCGACUGCCCAAGGGAAACACAAAAAGUGGUCUUUGUAGACAGGUUCGGUUAGUACGUGUUUCAAUGAGAAACCAUUUUCAAAGGAAACCAAAAUGUGGUUGUUGGAUACAGAUGGUCUUUGUAGACAGGUUCCUUUAGUACAUGUUUCAAUGAGAAACCAUUUUUAAGGGGAACCAAAAAUGUGGUUGUUGUAGACAGGUGGUGACUAAAGCAGGUUUGACUGUACAUGUAUGAAUGUGAACGUGUGUACCAAAGAUACAAAGCCCCUGAAGUGCAAGUCUGAUUUGUGAGACAUGUAGAAUGAUUGGAAGACUUUUCUUUUAUUUUCUUCAUAUAUGUAUCAUUGUUCAUUAACUCCAAACAAUUGUUAUGUAAGAAUGAAACUUCUAACUGCAUUCUGGGUUUGCUAAGAUGUAGCAUGAUUGAAAUAUUUUUGUUUUAUUUUCUUCAUUUGUGUAUCAUUGUUAAUUAACUCCAAACAAAUGUUAUGUAAGAAUGAAACUUCUUACUGCAUUCUGGGUUUUGCUAAGAAGUAGUAGUCAUACUUUAUUUGAAUUGAUAUUAAUAAAAUGAAGACUCUUGUCCAUUUUGUUUCAUGACAUAUAAACAAAAAAUGGAAAACCUAAUAUAAAAAGUCCCCAAGCCCAACAUCUCAUACUCUUUGAUUAAAUAAUGCAAUUUUUAUUUAUAAUUCAGAUGCAAAAAUUGUUGAAAUAAUUUUGAUAAAACUAUAAAUUUUCUCAUUGCAAUAGGGUUAUUGGUUUAAUAGGAAUAUUUUGUUUCUUUUUUCACCAUAUAUCAUAUUUACUAGUAGAAGUAGCAGCAUGCAGACAUUCAUGGAUGCUAGCAGGUUUAUCGGCCGCAAAAGUUGCUUGACUUGGCUGGUCAUAUUUUUUUUUCUCCGUAGCAUCCUGAAGUCGGUAUUAGUUAUGUGACUUUACUUGUAUAUGUAUGGGACUUGGUCAUCCAUCUAAAAUAUUUAGAUUUGUUAAAGGUAUCCAUGUAAAGUGUUUAAUCAUUACAAUGAGCAUAAGAAUAUUUUGAUUUUUUAAUUCAAUUUCAUAUCAAACUUCAGUGCAUGUGAUAUUGAUAUUGUAAGGCACAUGAGGUGUUGUUUACAAAAGCUGUGAUAUACCAGUAACUGUUAUUCAACUAAUUACCAUGAAGUUCAUUGUUAUGUUGGUGUUGAACUGGGCUCCAUUUCACAAAACUUGUCAUCAGUGACAAAUUACAGUUUUUGUUAUAAGCUAGUGAAAUCCUUGCUUCUGAUUGGUUGUCAGCAGAUUUGUCACUGAUUUUUAUCAUUGUCAUUGAAAAAAGGCUUUGUGAAAGGGGUCCCUGGUCUGAUUUGCCAGGAAGCUGGUACCGGCAUUGUUUACUGUUGUUUUUUUAACUGUCGAAAUGAAAAUUUACUUUACUUUGAUAUGCAUUUGUAUAAUACUCAUUUUCUUAAAACCAAAUUGAAUGAUUACAAGGAGUAGAUAGUUGCCCAAAGUUUAAAGACACAGAUGUGAUGGUGUUGAAACUCAAUUCUUAGCUGAUUCCUAUUCUUUAUCAACUAGAAGAGUUGGGUCAUGGAAGCCAUUUGGAGAUAACAGUAGCUUCCAAGAUACUGUUACCCGAUUUAUUGUACUUAACCAAUGGCGUACAGAAACCAGAUUGUCCGGAUUAACCUUACAAGAAUAGCAUAAUUUGAAUAGAACGAGUCAAACUUUUAAUAGUACAUCAUCCUUUUCAGUAUCAGUAUUGUUACAUAUAGCAUCAUGUGGAUCUGUAUUGCAAAAAAGUGCCAAAUUCAGAGAUAAAACGAUGAGUAUUUUUAGAAACGGUCAAUUGGACAUCGUUUAAAAAAUGUGAGGUAUCGAUUGGACUACAGCAUAAGGAACUCAGGUGAGAAGGAUUUGCUACAUUGGUAAAUGUUGCACGAUAGGGUGUAGCAAAUUUUAUAUUUUUGUAUUGGCUGGGGUUAUGUGACAUGAGGUGAAUACACUUUAAGCAAGCAUGUUAUAAAAACGUGUUUGGUAUGUUUCUAUUACGAAAAUUUUCCUGAAAAUGAUAGUUUCUAAAUCUAAAAACUUGAAAUUUGAAACACUGUAACUCUAGCAAAUUGAAAACUAUUUUUGUCAUUGAAAGAGGGAUGAUCUGUGACUUUAAGAAUAAUCUUAUCAAUGUAAAUUGUGCUAUCAGGUAUAGCGAAUGUAAUGUGUUGGAAAAAUUGUUGAGUAGAAGGAUAGGAGAGAGAGAGAGAGAGUCGGUCAGUCAGAGAGAGUCAAAGAUAUGUAUAUAGUUAAGGAGGGUCACAGAGAGAGAGAGAGAGAGAGGGGGAAAGUUAGGGAGAGACAGAGAGAGAGAUUAUUUACAUUGUAUGCCAUCAUUAAAUUGAUAAAAACAAAUCCUUUAAUUUUGCAGCUGCCAUCUAGUGUGAUUACAUGCAUUCAUUUUCUAUUUUUUCAGUUUUGUUCUUACACUUUUUGAAUUCAUUUGUCAAGGGUGAUAUCACUGGGGAUUAAGGAAAAUAGUCAAUCCGCAUGUUGAUAUUAGAAAUACAUCACAGUUUUGUAUCCAUGUAUGAACUUGUAAUAAUCCACUGUUAAUGGAUAACAUAUAUUAUUCAGUUCGAUAUACAUUCAGUUAUGGUUAUGUGACUUUAUAUAAUUCUUUGUUUUAAUGCUUUAAAUACUGUAAGCUGUUACCCCCUGUGAGAACCUCAAUAGUAUUGUACGUAUUAUUUUUAUACUUAUAUACCGUAAAUGCAUUCAAGUCAUGGUUAUACCUCAUGUGAUGGUAUGCUAAUAUGCUUAUAUCUCAAUUACAAUGUUGUAAAAGAUAGUGAUUAGUUGAUGUUUUUAUAUAUCUUGAUACGGGCCACAUAUUGGUAUGUAGGUGAGCUAUCGGUCAUGCGAACAAGCUUUAUGUAUUCGUUAACAAAUGAAUAUAAAUUGUGCCUAUUUCUGAAA